AUGAGCACCAAGGUUACGACAAGUGCAAAGCCCGCGAUCGGCCGUCGAGGUAAUUCUCUGUCUGCAAGUCGACUACGCGAACAAUUAGCAGCCCGGAAUGGCCCUAGACACUCGGUGUACUGGGUGCAGCCGAAGAAGGGCGAGGUCAAGUUGCCAAGCUACACGAAUGUGAUGGAGUCUACCAACAUGGCUGCAUCUGCCAAGAAGAUCGAGUAUACUCUGCUAGGCAAGUACACUGGCGACUGGAAAGAUGGCAUGAAACAUGGCUACGGCGCUCUAUUGUACGCGAACGGGAACAAAUACGAAGGUGAAUGGGUCGAGAACAAACGGGAGGGUCGAGGGGUCUACUGGGUCGAGGAGAAGAAGAAACUGCGCAAACAAUACGCCGGGGAGUGGUGCAAUGACCACCGAGACGGUCGUGGCACGUUUUUCAACGAAGAUGGCGGGAAGUAUGAGGGGCAGUGGCUUAAUAACAAGCGUCAUGGUCAUGGGAGGAUGGUCAACGGUGAGGACCAGUCCGUCUACGAUGGAGAAUGGGUGGAUAAUGAGCGAUCUGGACGUGGAACGCUAGUGUUGGCAAAUGGUGAUCGUUAUGAGGGUCAUUGGCUUAACGACAGAAAAGAAGGCCCAGGACGGUAUUUCUAUAAGGCCACUCGCAAGAUCUACGAAGGCGAGUGGGCCGAUGGGGCACCAAAAUGUGGCACGUACCAUGACGACACCGAGUACAAUGACGACGAGCUUGGAGACGACGAGAGUCGCAACGCUUUCCAACUUCCAGAGUUGGAGCUCGCAUACCCAAAUCAAGUGUUAAGUGAAGGGGUCGCCAGUAUCCGUCAGGACCGUGUCCGCGAACGAGCCUUUGAAGCCGAUGAUGGCUACAUUCAGAGUGCAGUCGAUACAGCUGUUGCAACUCGUCGUAGCUCAAUGGCCGCGACAGAUCUCGAGCCGGGCGUAGUCGUCUUUGACGAGCAGAUGCUGCGCUUGAUCCAGAGCGAGUUUGCAGCUCUAUUGGCAGAACAGAGCGCUGCACUCGCCGAGAGUCUCGACACGGCGUCUGUCAAGACCCGAAGUGGCUGCAUCCCGUGCUCUCGUCUGUCUGGCCUCAUCGACGUGCUGCAACUCGAGGUGAGUGAGGAUCAACUCGCUGAGUUACUGCAAGAAAUCGGCGCUGCUAGUGACACGCUCGUGUCAUUCGCCGAAUGUGUCGACAUCCUGUCGUUACUCAUGGAGAGCGAAGAGGCGCCAAUUCUCGAGGAAGAUGAAGACGACGAUAGUAAUUACUAA